AUCGCAUUUAAUGUGUAUAUUUUAAAUUUUUAUGAUUUUCAUUAUUUUUUGAUUUUUUUUUCUAAGAUUUCAUUUUGUUUCGCUGUUUUUAUUUGUAAUCUUUUUAUUUCUCUUUCCGAAAAAAGAGUUAUAAUUCCUGUGCUGUGAAACCAGUUUUAAAAACAAUAGUGCUGCAAGAGUUUGAGAGUUCCAAUGAAGAUGACUACGCAUCUGAUUUAAGUAGUGCUGAUGCAUCGGAAGAAGAUAUGGUUAGGCUAAAAACAAGCGAGGAAGAAAUCUUCGAGAACCUUAUGGAUAGAAGAUGUGGUUUGAGAUAUCGUCGAACACCAGGAAUUAAACACUCAAAACAUGCUUGCAAGGACACGAAAUCUCUCAAAGAUCACAGUACUGAUCCAAAGUUCAAAAGUGAUGACUCUUCCGAGGAAGGCAAGAUUGGAAAUAAGCUUUUGAGAAAAGAAAUGACUCAUAAAUCGAAAUUCCCCAAAAGUAAAUUUGCGAAUCAAUUUUUAUCUUGUUGUUCAAGCGCGAAUCCCGAGUUUGAAGACGGAAAAUAUGCUCUCUUGGAGGAAAAUUUUGUACUCGAUCUGCCCGGAACUAUCAGAAAAAUAAAAGAUUUCAAGUACACCCCAGAAGAUAGUGAAUUAAAAUCUAAAUUUGAAGAAAUAUCACCAGAAAUAAGCGAAAUAAAAACUAAGAGGGAAAGAGUACUUUUUAAAGGAAGCAGAAUAAAUAUCGAAAAGGGAGAGACGUCACCAGGUGGAAGUGAAGUAAAAACUAAAAGUGAAGGAUCUUUAUCAAAAAGAAGCAGUACAAUAACUAAAUUUGUUGACGAAUCCCCGGAAGAAAUAGCUGAAGAAGAAGACAUAUCACCAAAAGAAAGGAAAGUGAAAUUUGAAAGUAAACAAACUUCAUAUUUUGGUUCCACGCUACCUGAAGAAAUAGAUGAGAGUAACAUUGAGUCAAGUCCUGAUCAAAGCAGUGCUGAAGAAUCUGUGCUAAAUGUCACCUCAAGCACAAGCACCGUAAGUACUGAUUCAGUGAGUGUUAAAAGUAUUGUGGAAAAUGAAGAAUGGUACCAAAAGUGUGAGCAUGAGUCAAAUAUUGAAAUUGCUGCAUAUGUUUCUGAGUCCGACAUUCAAAAGAUACAUCACGGGGAAAAACGGGCUGAAAAUGUUAUUGAGGCUUGUGAAUCACAUAUUCGAAGCAUUAAUCAUGACGGAAAACUGACUGAAAAAAAUGCUGAAGCAGACAAAAACUGCACUUCUCUUGCAACUGGUGAUAACAUCAUAAGUUGUUCUGCACAAAUAAAAAAUUCACCCUUGUCCUUAUCACAAAUUUUACCAGCUGGGGAACUGAGUGAUGAAAGUACCCAAGGCUCAUUUAAGAGUUACAGUGAAGUGUAUGAGGAAGUGAAAAGAUUGCAAUCUCGCAUGAAUGAGCUGGAUCAAAAAAUAAAUGAGCUCACAAGUACUCUCAGUUGUGAAAAUCUCUCAGCGAAUAAGAGGUUGGAAAAUCUUACCGGUGCGCGACCAAAGGUGAAACUUCAAAAUGAACGCAUUAACUACGAAAUAUCGGAACCUAAUUUGGUAAUUGAAAGUACUAUGAGUGAAGCACUGGCAAACAUUGAAGAAGUCAAAAGGACCCUUGAGGUUGUAGAGUUGGACAGCCAGGAACCUGAGCUUUACGAGGAUCAGUUUGAGAACUUAUGCCAUAAUUCUUCAACUGCUGGUUUGCUGCUGCUUGAAGAUAGCAACAUAAAUCAGGUGGGAAGUCUUGGAUCCACAACACGAAAUAAUGAAAGAAAAUGUGGAGAUGAAGAAAUUCAAAGACAUCGAAAGAUUUUGCAUUGGCUUCGAAAAAGAUACUCCCGUUUUGAAAAAAUGCUGAAGUCCAUACCCUCAAAAGUUAUGAAAUAA